CUCAUUUCACCCAACAAACCAACCGUCAGUAAAGUGAAAAAGUGCUCCAAAUCGCACGCCACAGCGAGUCAGCCAAGCCAAGCCAAACAGUUGCACCGCAGUGCAGCAAGAUUAUACGGAAAAAGUCAAACCGAAUAGCCAAUGGUGCUUUGCCGGUUCGACCGUUCGAUCCCGUCGUCGUCGCAAUCGUUCUUCUGCGGUGAGAGCUGGUGCUUUGAGUGCUCCGCGGUGGCGUGCGCGGGUGGACGGCGCGUAACGAUUGGAUUAUUCUAGGAAGAAAAACUCAUCGGAGAAAAGUGCCCUCAAUAGCUUCGUCAUUGCCGUUUCGCGGAACAGGCGCAGGAAGGAAAACUCGAAUCUCAUCAAGCACUCAUCAUUAGUCAUCUCGGCGGAAGCCCGCUGCUAAUCGUUUGUUGAUUAUUUUCCUUUGAUUUAAUUAAAUCAGCAGAUCGAAAAAUGAACACUUUGCUCAUAUUGUCCGCACUUGUGACAGUCAUCGCAGCACAGAGGGAUUACACCACGCCGGUGCCCAUCCUGAAGCAGAUCAACCGACACAAUGAGGACGGCAGCUACAGCUAUGGCUACGAGGCGGCGGACGGGUCGUUCAAAAUCGAAACCAAAUAUCCAACCGGCGAGGUGCAGGGUAAAUACGGUUAUGUAGAUGACAGCGGAAAGCUACGUGAGAUUGAAUAUGGUGCCAGUAAACGAGGAUUUGAACCUGCUGGUACCGACAUCAACGUUCCACCACCAACUCUGACCAACACCAACUACCCACCUCUGGGACCGAACGAAGAAGACGAUGGUCAGUACCGUGAAGACCCCAGCGUCUACUACAAGGAUGCACGGUACAACUCCAAACCACCAUCCCCAGCUUACCAGCCCCGUCCAGCACCGGUUCAGUAUAAUCCUGCACCACAGCAGUACUACCAGAACAACGUGACUCCCGCGCCAGCUCCAGCUGCUCCAGUCUAUCAGCAGCCACAGCACCGAUUCCAGCCACAGCCACAGUACUACCAAGCGCCACAGCAGCAGCGUUCCGAAUACUGGCAUCCGAACGCCAGGGUGGACAUCAACACCGGGUCGUAUUCGCUCAGCUACACCGGUUAGAUAACAACCGAGCCAUCAUCAUUUGUUCGUGAGUGAAUGAGCGUGUGUCCCUAAGUCAUUUUACCGUGUAUGCCAAGCGCUUUACUUGUAUAGCUUAUCAAUUGUGGCAGUCACAAGAGUAUCGUUUACUUUUUAUAAUUUCGCGGUACACAUAAGUUUCUCUACAAGCCGAGAUGAGUUUUCAGGGUACGUCCUUAUCAGGAUAGAAUAAAACGACUUUUACUAUUUAAAA